AUGAAAUAUAAACAAUUAUAUCCUAAAUCUGUUCGACAAUUAUCAACAAAUAAAAUAUCAAAUUAUGUCAAUAAACAGCGUGUACGUUGUUCAUUAUGUGAUUCAUUACUUAAGGCUUCCACAAGUCAUCGAUAUUUAUUAACAGGUAAAUCAAUUCAUGAUAAUUUAGAUAAAAAUAUAACUUACAAUGAAUGUUGUGAACGAUAUUUAAAUGGUACAUAUGAAUCGGAUAAAUUACAAAUGAUUUGUCCAAAAUGUUGCCAUGAUUUACAAAGAGUUUAUUCAUUACAUAAAGAUGCUGAAGAAUUAACAAAAAAAAUCCAUCAUACUUGGUGUAAAACAAAACGUUUAAAUCGAGCUCGUCAUUCACAUUUGACUCUAACAUCGACUACUGAAAAUAUUUCAGUUUCUCCUCUUCCAACAACUGCUACGGAUGAUAAUAUAACAAUAACAGUUAAAGAAGAACUUGACAUCGACCAAGUACCAUCAGAGAUAAAAACACCAAUCGAACAAUCACCAAUUGCUGUAUCUGAAACAGUUCUUGCAAAUACUUCUUAUGAUCUAUCAAAUAUACAACGUAUUCAUAAUGAAAUACAUGCAUUACAAUUAUCUCAUCAACCAAAUCAUAAUAAGCAGGAAAUCAUAAAUGAAUCUAAAAGCAAACCUCGCACCAAAAAACAAUUACAAUCACUAUCAAAAACAGAAAAUAUUAAUUCAUAUUCAUCAAGAAAAUCUCAUUCUCUGAAAAUUCACCCAUCAUUUUCACCUAACCAAACAUCUCAUUCAAUAAUUCCAAAUUCAAAUGAAUACUAUCAAAAUGUUCUUUAUAACCCAACAAUCAACAAUCAAACUUCAUCACCUUAUAGUCAACUUAUAAUUGAACCAUCAUCAUUGUCAUCAUCUCCAACUCAUCAUCAACAAGAAUCGGAAGUGCGACGACGUAGUAGUUCAAAUAGUGAACAACCACCAUUAACAAUAAACUACCAACCAUCUAUAGAUGGUGAUCAAUCCUUGUCGCCGCAUACAAAUGAUGAUGAAGCCUCAUCAACAAAUGGAUUGAAAGGUACACGUUUAAGUCGUCGUCAAUACGGUUUUCUAAUUAAAUUACCUGAUCAACAAUCAUUAAAUGCUUUUAUUGAAACUUCUUCAGCAGAAUCUGGUUCACGGUGGACAUGGCGUCGAACAUCAGCCAAUUCCCGUGGUUAUAAAGUAUAUUAUGUAUGUAAUUUUUCUAUGCGUCGUCAUUACCAUCCAUGCCCAGCAGCAAUGUAUGCACUUUUUCAUCCUGAAGGAAGUAUAUCAAUUUAUUCAUGUGGACAACAUCAACAUAUACCAAAAGAUCGUCUUCCAGUUAGUAUAACAGAUGCAACUAAAGAUGAAAUAUUUAAAUGUUUACAAUCGGGUAUGGCAACAACAGAUAUUCGAGAACAUUUAACACGUCUUCGUUUACCAUUUGGUGAUGCAAGAAAAUUAAAUAAUUUUAUUAAAUAUCAUAAAGAAUUAUUACGUUUUGGUACUGUAACUAAUGUUCGAAUAGGUGGCACAGCUUAUCGUCAACCCCAAUGUUGGGCUAUUAGACGACAAACUUCAUCAUUACAAUCAGCUUCAACAACUGAUAACAAUAAUGCAACGACAACAACAACGACAACAUCAUAA